ACUUUCUCGGCCAGUGGGUGAACAUCAUCCUCAAACAUGGGAAAUAUUUUUGCAAACCUUUUCAAAGGCCUCUUCGGCAAAAAAGAAAUGCGCAUACUUAUGGUUGGGCUGGAUGCUGCAGGAAAAACUACUAUAUUGUACAAGCUUAAGCUUGGUGAAAUAGUAACUACCAUCCCUACUAUAGGUUUCAAUGUAGAAACAGUAGAAUACAAGAAUAUUAGCUUCACAGUGUGGGAUGUCGGUGGACAGGAUAAGAUCAGACCCCUCUGGCGCCAUUAUUUCCAAAAUACACAAGGUUUGAUCUUUGUGGUUGAUAGUAAUGACAGGGAGAGAGUCAAUGAGGCCAGAGAAGAACUUAUGAGAAUGUUGGCAGAAGAUGAGCUCAGAGACGCUGUCCUUUUAGUGUUCGCUAACAAACAGGACCUGCCGAAUGCAAUGAAUGCCGCAGAAAUCACAGACAAACUAGGAUUGCAUUCUCUCCGCCACAGAAACUGGUACAUCCAGGCCACCUGUGCCACCAGUGGUGAUGGUCUCUAUGAAGGACUGGACUGGUUGUCCAAUCAGCUCCGAAACCAGAAAUGAAGCCCUAAAAUAUUCCUCUUUUCUCCAUCCCUCCUCCUCCUGUUCUUCCUCCUCCUCCUGUUCCUCCUCCUCCUCCUCCUCGCUUUACUCUGAUGUGGCAAACCAUGCUACUUUGUAGUAUUGAGUGCCGGAAACUGUUUUCACAUCUCUUGUCACAGGAUGUCCUUCACCAUGCUGUACAUGUGGCAAAACCACGCCUGAAAACAGUUUAGGGUUCUUAUUUAAUGUAAAUAGUUCUUGUUUCCCAUGAGGCAGUUUCUGGUACUCCUAUGCAAUAUUACUCAGCUUUUUUAUUCUAAAGAAAAUCAACUCGCUGUUCAGUACUGGGGAAGGGAUUUUAAGUGGAUGCAGAAAAAGGUUGCCAGGAAUCUGGUUGUGUGUGAACUAGAACCGAAUGUGAUCCCUCUUGGCUUGGAGAUCUGGGCAGAGGCCAGAUUUCAUGGCCGUUUUUUAGCCUGGGGAUGAGUUUCUUUUAAGAAAACGGGAAAAAAAAAAAAGGAAAAAAGGAAAGCUGAAACACUUGAACACAAUACCCUUCGUGAUUUCUGCAACAACUUGAAGAAUACCAGCAGUUUAACUUGUUACAGAUCAUAGAAUGAGCAGCAUUCUUGGUCUUUUCUGUGCUUGACAACCUUUUGUGUUUUUAUGCGAAUGUGAGACUUUCCCAAGAGUUAGAGUGAAGUCAGUUGAGGUCACAGAUUAAAGAGAAAUUGGCCCGCAGGACCCACUGUAACCCUUUAACUCUCCCUUAGAUUUGGACAAGAACUUUUUUCCCCCUCCCGCCUAAGAGUGCCAUCUUCAUGUUUCAUGUUGAGGAGUGUAGCUUCUCCAGAAAUUCUUGGACUUCUCCAGCAUAGAAUUAUUCCCGAAGACGAGUCUCUUGCACGAAAAUCACAGCAGCCCACAGCAGUUCUCAGCUCUGCCAUCAGCAAGUACUGUACUUAAAUAAGAAACGCCACCCAAGCCUUCUGUUGCCGCAUCUAAGGGGUAAAUACGAAAGCAUGAGAGUUUGGAAUUGCAUUCCAUUCUAGAAGUGUCGGAUUCCAUUUUGGGAACAAUCCCACAUCUGUGUGUGUGAGAAAACCCUUUACAUCCCUCAUACUGCAAGGUUCAGAUUUGCCAUCCAAGAAGACCUCUUAACUUUUUUUUUUUCUUUUGUAUUUUGAUAAAACACUGAAGAAGCUGGAGCUGUUUAAACUUUGACUUGAGGAACUAUCAGAACUGGUUUGUUUAGUGUUGUGGAAAAUCUCUUUAUUUGCUUUCAAUACAGUAAUCAACUGUUUUGUAUACUUGUUUUCAGUUAUCAUUUCAACAAACAAGCACUGUAAUUAAAGCUAUUAGAAUAAAAAUCUCUUAACGAUUCCUCUGA